GAAUUGACUCAUUAUCAACAUCACAUACAUAUUUGAAGUGAGAUCUGUAGGUGAAGUUACUAUAAAUUAUCUCAGGACUCUAAUGAAAAUCAUCUUAUUUACAUUUCUCUUCUUUCUCUCACACUGAGCUCCGAUUGAUCCCCAACAAUUUCUACUCAAUUGACAUAUCCCUAUACUCACCACCAACAGAAUGACUCUCAAUUCGUUGCGCCCUGGAUGUCGAGCUCUGCAGAGCUUUAGCAGAGCUCAAUUGCGUUCCUACAGCCAUGCAUCAACACCUCUCACCUCGCCCUUCGCUCCCCGUCAUCUUCUCUCCAUUGCAGACCUUACUCCUUCCGAACUUACUACCCUCGUUCGCUCCGCACAUUCGCACAAGCUCGCACUGAAAUCUGGUGCCGUUCCUACAUCUCUCCUCAACUCGUUGACUGGUAAGGUAAUUGCCAUGCCCUUCUCUAAACGCAGCACUCGUACCCGUGUCUCUACCGAAUCUGCGGUCACCACAAUGGGCGGACAUCCUAUGUUUCUUGGUUCCGGUGACAUCCAAUUGGGUGUCAAUGAAUCAUUGUACGAUACCUCAGUCGUUAUUUCGAGUAUGACUGCAGGUAUUGUAGCUAGAGUGGGACCUCAUUCAGAUGUUGCUGGUCUGGCAAAGUGGUCGAGUGUACCAGUCAUUAAUGCUUUGUCUGACGAAUACCACCCCUUACAAACUAUCGCCGACUACCUCACAAUCCACGAAGCAUUCCCCUCGCAACCUUCCAGAAGCUCGUCACAAACUACACCAACUUUGGAUUUGGAGGGAAUGAAGAUUGCUUGGAUUGGAGACUCAAAUAAUGUCCUCUUCGACCUUGCAAUUGGAGCAAUGAAAUUGGGCAUCAACAUUUCCGUUUCAUCGCCAGAGGGUUACAAAAUUCCCGAGUAUAUGCGCAAGAUUAUCCAAUCUGCCGCAACUACAACAGAUACUCCAGGAACACUCACAGAGGUUUCUGUGCCAGAGGAAGCUAUUAAAAAUGCAGAUGUAUUGGUGACUGAUACAUGGAUAUCUAUGGGUCAAGAAGAAGAGUCAGCAAAGAGAUUGAAGGCAUUUGCAGGUUACCAAAUCACAGAGGAAAUGGCAAAACGAGGCGGUGCUAAGGAAGGAUGGAAAUUCAUGCAUUGUCUACCCAGACAUCAAGAUGAAGUCAACGAUGCAGUAUUUUACGGCCCCAGAAGCUUAGUCUUCCCAGAGGCCGAAAACAGAGUUUAUUCUGCUAUUACUGCUCUGGAAGCAUUCGUAGUCAACAAGGGUAAAAUCGUAUGAAGGCAUUUGAGUUAGCAUAUAUACCAAGGCGCUAUCUGGAGUACAAAAUCAAUGGUAAUUUAGGAAUCACAGAGUCAUAUUAUGAU